AAUAUGAAAGAAUCUGUGAACUUAAUCUCCUCCAUUUGUUGAGGAGAGUAGGAAUCUGAUCCUUGCCUCCUUGUUGACUGUCUCAAUCUCUCUAUCCCCUUUCAUGAAUUGGCCAAAACAAUAUGGAAUAGCGUAAUUUCUCCCUUCCUUUUUUCAUGGCUAUUACAAACCCUGAUUUUCCAAAUCACAUUGUAUCUUCUUUUUCUAUCCAACAUUCAUCUGCCUAAAAUUGUUAUAUUGGUGAUCCAUUUGCUUCAUAUCCCUCUUGUUUUUUCUCAUUCUUCUAUUUUCCCUUCGUUAAAAAUCUUCCCUUUUUGUUAUUUUUUUUUUCUUCAGUCAUCAAUUUGUGCUUUGAAGGUGCGUGUUUUUUAUUUCCUUCAACUCAAUUGAGAAAAAAAAGGGAGAGAUUAGGCAUUGUAGAUUGAUGGGGUGGGUGUUUUGAGUCCCGCUUAUUCUUUGUCGCAGGGUUUCUGUUUCUUUGUUACAGCGACCCUUAAAAAGUGAAGGAAUGGCUUUUGAUUCUUCUAAGGAAUCUAGCUUUUUGAUUCCGCAAGAGAAGAAUUUGUGCCCCUCAAAUGGGUCGGUGUUGGACGACCAGUCGAUCAAAAGCUGUAGUUGUUUUGGCAGUUCUUGCUACCUGUGUUGUUUCAACGGGAAUUUAGGAGAGACACGUUUUGAUUUGGAGAAUGCAAAGGAAGUGGUUGCUGAGAAAGAGGAUGCCGAUGAUGAAGAUGACAAGGAUGGUGAAGAGGAUAAAAACAACGGUGAUGAUGUUCUUAAUCGGUUGCCAGUGGAGCCUCUUGAACUAGAGAUAGAAUCUACAUUGGCUGCAUUCUCAGGUUUGAUUGAGGAUUUUGAAUGGGAUUUCCGACCUGAGGAUAUAGACUUUGUGCUGGGUGAAACACAUGGAAAGAUCGGUGAUCAUGACCAUCUUCACUUUUUAGGUCUGAGUUGGGCUUGGAAUGGCCCUGAGAAUCUGCAACCUCAGGGGUUUAGUUCUAAGGAGAAUGAGAUGUCUGUAUCAGGUGAUGUUGUCAAAGGGUAUCAAAAUUUUGAUGGGGUAUUUGGUGGGGGCAUUGUGACUGAGGGAAGUGCAGGGGGAUUUAUGAAGGUUAAGCAUGACGAUUAUUUGCUUCCAAGCACUGAAGCAAUGCAAAACUGCCCCAAAAUUGAAUGUGAUGCUGAAAGAGGUGAUCCACAUGAUGCUUUGUUUUUUGUCUUGGGUUACCUAGGUGUACGGGACCUUCUCUCUGUUGAACAGGUCUGCAGAUCAUUGCGUGAUGCUGUUAGAGGUGAUCCUUUGUUAUGGAGGACUGUGCACAUUAAUCAGCCAUUGAACGAAAGGAUUACGGAUGUUAAACUUGUAAAGUUAACCAACAGAGCUCAAGGUACCCUUCAAUGCCUGAUCCUGGUGAACUGUUUAUGGAUCACUAACAGUGGUCUGCAAAGUGUUUUACAAAGUAACACAGGAUUGAUGAAGCUUAGUGUGCCAGAUUGUAUCAGAAUCACAAUUGAGGGCAUCUUAUUGAACCUCAGGGCUCUUAAGUCAUCUGGAAAAUCUGUUAUCAAGCAUUUACGAAUUGGUGGGCUUGGUGGUAUGUGUCAUGUGACUGAACAGCAGUUUGAAGAGUUAAAGGAAUUACUGGAUGCUAGCAAGCAUUUGCAACAUGGAGAUCGGAAGCCCCAAUUCUACAGGAGAGAGUAUUCACAUAUCUUACGUGAAGAUGGCCGCCAAAUUGACGUAGAUGCAUGUCCAAAAUGCAAGAAAGUGAGACCUAUUUAUGAUUGCCCUGCUGAGAGUUGUCAGCAGAAGCAUGUGGCUGCUCAGCUCUGUAGAGGUUGCACAAUAUGCAUAAGACGCUGCAUUCACUGUGGAAGAUGCAUUAAGGACAUUUAUGAAGAGACAUUUUGUUUGGAGACUCUUUGUUUGACUUGUUUUAAUCAAAUCCUGCAUUGUCCAGUGGAAGGGGAAAAGGAAGCUGGAGAAUGCACUCUUAUUGGUGAGAGGACCAUGUAUCAGUUUUGUCUCUAUGGCUAGGAAUGUCUGAUCUUCAUGAUCUUUUGACAAACAUUGGACCAAAAUCUGCACAUCUGGCUGUGUGGUUUCAUUUGUGCAGCAAAGUUGAGAUAUCAUUCGGUUGGAGAGGAGGCACUGUAAUUCCUCAAUAGCUGAGCUUCAGUUCCAUAUCACGAAACUAUUUUUUCUUAAACUGUGAUAGGGAAAAAGAAAAAAGGAUUUUGGAGGGGAAAAUUAAUUGAGAUUGAAUUUGGAAAACAACAAAGUUGAAAAAAGGAAAACAACAAAGUUGAAAAAAAGGAAAAAAAACAAAGUGUUGAGUGUAGGUGGAUCAAGGGAAAAGGAGAGGGGAACUCUCAUGUCCAAGAGAAGUUUCAUGAUGUGAUGCCUUCUGUGGUGAAAUUAUUGUCCAAGUUUAUUGAAGCAAAGCAGAUGCAGAUUUUUUAUUGAACAAUGUGGUGAAAAAUUCUCAGUUAUUCUUGAUUCAACGAUGUGGCAUGCAUACAGAUUUUUCCUAACAUCUUUGUGACACGGUAUCUCCACCUCCUUUAAACUGUUGUGAAAUGGCUUUCAUUCAAACUAGAAUGAACAAUUUUGUUGAUGAAUGGUGAUGCAGAAGAAGGGCGUGUGCCGGUACUUGCAGUGGAUCUUUUAUCUGGGUUUUGAUCAUGGAAGAAAAAGCCACUUUUUUUUAGUUUUUAACAAACCAUCUUUUGUCAGAGAGAAGAAGCUACACUGUCAAGCUAACUGGGGUUCUGAGAGAAAUAAAUUCAGUCAUUGCAGCUUUGAAUGCAAUGCAAGUUCCAGCUUCUGGAAAUUGAGAAAUUAUCCUUGCUGGUAGAAAUAAUUGAUUUUUGCUGUUUAUGAUGAAGAAGAAAAGAGGAAGAGAAAUUCUAAAUUUUUGUUUUAUUCCCUAUUUGUUUUUAUUUGGUUGUCUUUGCAACUCCUUGUCUUUUAUCUUCAAUGAUAAUGUAUCUUUUGGUUCACUGGCAUAUGCUAUAUAUACAAUUCUCAAAAAUGAAAGCAUGAAAUGUGGCAUCUUUUAUUUUCCAUU